AUGGAUUCAGCGUGCGAAAGCACCACAGCUGAUAGAAAUAUCAAUGAAGUGGAUGUGCCAAAAUAUAUUUUUGAGUUAACCGAUGAGGCGUUUAGGUGCAUUAUGAAUGGGCAAUUUGAUGAAGCUUUAAUAGGGUUGAUUAAAUGUGAGGAAAUGAUUGAGGCAGUUGUAAAUAAAAAAGGAUAUGUGGAUCCAGAUGUAGCUGUUAUGGUUUUGCAUAAUAUAGCAGUUUGCUAUCAGAAUUUAGGAAGCCUUGAAGAAUGUGUAGAUUAUCUGGAAAAUUGUCUCCUUAAUCGGAAUUCUAAGAAAAUUCAAAAUUCCAAUAAUCGAAUCCAAACUCUUGAAACUCAAGUGAGCGAUAAAAUUAAAAAAGAAACCUACCAAUGCAAAUCAAAUCUCAAUCUAUGUGCUAUUUCUUCUCAAUUAUCAAGGCAUGAAAUAGCUCUCCUUUAUGCAAGGAGAGCUGCUGGAAAUAUUUAUGAAAUUCUUCAAGAUUGCUUCAAACUUUGUACAAGCUUCAUUUUGAGGCUUAAAAAAGCACGAAUCCACAACAAUAUAAAAAAUUAUUUUGGGAGUUCUAAUACUUAUAUUGAAGAAAAAUACAGAGAGAUUAUUGAUAAAAAUUAUCCCAUAGUAGCUUCCUUAAAUCAAAUAGUAGCUGAAAAAGAGCAAAAGCAGCAGCAAAAUUCAAAAAUGCUAAAGCUAUAACACUUUGAAUGAAUAAGGAAAGCUGUUUUUAAUUUAGCGUGGCUAUUAUUUUAUUUAUGAUUAAUAUAAAUAGAAUAAAUAUUAAAUCAGCAGCUAGCAUCCAAAAUAUUGGAGAAAAAUUUUUUUAUUUAAAACUCGAAGAAGCUAUUGCUGCAAAACCUUUAGCUUAUAGAGACCUUAAAUCCUCUUCUAAUCUAAUUGCUGAAAUUUCAAAAGAGAGGUUAUAUGAGAAAAUUUGUUUGCUUGUCAUCUCAUAUUUUUUCAUAUCUACUGAAUUAUGAUUUCUUAAUAAACAAGAAAACUCAGAGACUAAAUUUUCAGAAUCAAAAAAAUGGCACUAUAAAUCUCUAGAAAUUGCAGAAAAAUUAAUGCCUUAUAGUUCACCUAUCUUGCAAAAUAUUAAAGAUAGCUAUUAUGAUCGCUAUCCACUAAAUAUGGUUCAAAAUAUUUUCAUCAAAAAUACAGAAUUUUCUUUAAGUCAAACCAAAAUGAGUGAUAAGAAACAAAAACUGAAAAAAGUUUAUGGAAGAUCUUCUUCAGUUAAGCCAAAUAUAAAAAAUUUCUCGAAAACAUUAGACAAAUUCCAAUCCAGGAAUAAAACUCCUCUGCUAAUAACAACUAAACAAGGAUCAUCUAGAUCAUCUAAAUCACCAUCAAGGCUUAAAAGAAAAUCUAUAACAGACCGAGACAAAAUUGAGAAUAUUGACAAAUUUAAUAAAACAGUUGAAAAUACAAAGCAGAAGAAAGAAGAAAUAAAUUUUGAAAAUACCUCAAAUAAUAAAAUAACAAAUAAUUUGAUGAAUUUGAUGAAAACUUAUGAUCUAUCUGAUGAUUCAAGUGGAAGCUCUGAGUCUUCUUUUGAUGAAGAAUAUUUUAGACAAAAUUUUAUAUUGACAUCAAAUGACUUAUAUGGAAAUUUUGAUAAAGAAACUAAUGAAAAUAAGAAAAAGAAUAGUACAAGUAAGCGCAGACUUAUUAAAAUAGACACAAAAACCUCUGAAAUGAGCAAUGAAGAUGAGUUCAUGCCUGCUAUAAGACUAAUAAAUCCAAACAAAGAAAGUAACUAUGAGUUUGUACAUAAUUAA